AUAUAUAUAUACAGGUCCAAAUCUGCUAAUAAAAAAACUCAUAAAGAGUACUGAGGAGUGUAAUAACGAGAAAGCCAUUAUCAUGACUGUACAUAUAAUAUUGUAAUAUUUUUAGUUACUGGAGUGUUUUGUAAUUUGUGAAUUUAUUGUUACUUCUCCCUGAGUAGGUUUGAUUGUUCUGUAUUAAAAUUCUUGUAUGGUGGGUUCUUAAAUUGUUUCAUAAAUAUUUAAAAGAAAAGUUUAUUUCUCGCGUUCCAGUUGUUCAUUUCCGCUUCCAGUUUCCCAGUAACUACUUCCGUGGAUCCCGGAAGUUGGCGGGUGGUGAGUUUCACGGUCUCGAGUCGGUAGCUAAUUGGCACAUUUUUUUUUUUGCAAAAAAAAAAAAAAAAAAAAAAGAAAAAACAGAAAAAGGUGUCCGUAAGUGAAGUGCGCGUUCGUCGCCGUUUUCCACAGUUCCGCGUCCGAAGUCCGAGUGUGAGAGAAGGAAGGAGCGCAGAGGAUGAGCCGAGAGUCUCAGCGCCGCUAGAAGAGUAGAGACACUGACUGUCUCAGACAGACAGGGAGUCCGUUCCGUUCCGUUCCCGUCCUGUGUGGGCGCGCUGUCGAGUGAGUCAGUGCCGCGGACGGACGGACAGAGCCGAGGAAGCGGCGGGCAGCGCGACUCGCGAACCGCAGGCCAGGGACUGAGACAGUGAGCCGUCCUCAGCCUCGGUCUCUCGAACCCGCCGCCGCCGCCAGCACCGCGCGGGAGGAGCCUCGGACGCGCGAGCGCCAUCAUGUCGGAGGCCAUCGCGGCGUUCCAGGCGCAGCUCUCCGGCCUCAUGGAGACCGUUUUCAAGGCGGCCAUGUACGAGAUCGUGCGCCUGGUGGAGGACAGCUUCGUGGAGGAGGUGUCCCGCAGCAGGGAGCAGGUGGAGGCGCUCCGGAAGCGGCUGCAGUGGGCCGAGGGCCGGCGGCGCGAGGCGGCGCGGUGCGCGCAGUGCGGCAGGGCGACGGUGUGGGGUCCCGAGCACGGUGGUCCUGAGGGGCGUGGCCUGAAGCAGGAGGGCGGUCCCGAGGGCAGGUGGAGCAGCUGUCCCAGGGAGGAGGGGGAUCCCGCUGCCGCCAAGGGCCCGGAGGAGGUGACUGCACCCAGCGCGGUUAAGGCACUGGAGCAGCCAGCACUUGUGGAAGGGGAGAAGCCUGUGCCACUGAAGAAGGAGCAGGGGGCACCCAGGAGCAGCAGGGAGCCACAGCGGUGGAGUAUGUCUGCAGAGGGGGAGGAAGCUGAUGCUUCUGCAGCAGACAGAGAUUUCAGUGUCGAGACGCAGCCGCCCCGUGUGGAUGAGUGGGUUUCUUCUGCGAACCUAGAAGGCCGUGGGUCCCCGAGGGGCCACAUGGCGGAGAGUACUGAGCAGUACAGGACCAGGUUCGCCCAGGAGGAGCUCAGCGGAUUGGAGGAUGCUCUUGAGACAGAGCCGAAGGCACCGUUUGUCAGCCAGGUGUUUGAUGGCGAAGCGCUCAGAGGACAGGGUCCCGAAGAGCCACAGAGCGCACAACUGCACUACGAUGCGCCAGGUCUCCUGCACACUGAGCUGGGAGCAGUUGAUGACCAAUCCGCCGCCCAUCUGGGCUUCCAGCGGAACAGGGUGACUGCUUUCGGUGAGCGCUUCAGGUCCCGCUCUGCAUCCCCCCGUGGUGAUGUGGACAUUGGGGAGCUCAGUUACCUCCUGAUCAACGAGGAUGGCUAUUUGCAGGAGACGGACGACAGCUACUGGGGACAGGCAAGUGUGGAGUUGGCGAGCGGGGAGGGACAGUCGGGCCAGAGAGCCCGCGGUGAGGAGCUCGUGCCAUUGCACAGGGAUUCAGACGGGCGUUCGGAGAGCCAGGACAUCACCUCGCCGGGACACUGCGGGGAACGAGCUCGCAGCUGCAGCCAGUGCCAUGUGAGCUUUGCAGACCUGGGUGCUCUGAAGGCACACAUGAGCAGCCACAGAGCGCCUUCCGCAUACACGUGCACCCAGUGUGGGAAGAGCUUCACUCAGGCGUGCAAUCUGAAGGUACACCAGCGCAUCCACUCCAGGGAGGGGCUUCACCUGUGCAGCCACUGCGGCAAGGGCUUCGUCUCAUUUGCUGACCUCAAGAAGCACAAGUGCAGCCACACGAGCGACAAGCCCUACUGCUGCAUGCUGUGCGGCAACAAGUUCAGCCGCUUGUGGAACCUGAAGCUGCACCGCCGCAUCCACACACAGGAGAAGCCGCACCGGUGCACGCAGUGUGAGAAGAGCUUUACACGUGCCGACAUCCUCAAGGUGCACCAGCGCACACACACUGGCGAAAGACCCUACUGCUGCACCGUUUGUGGCCUGAGUUUCAAGCGCCUGGACCACCUGAAAUCCCACCAGCGUAAACAUAGGCCACAGCAGACUUGAGGGGGGAGGGGGCUGAGCAUGAGCACAAAGAGAAGCUGCAGUGCGUGUCCAUCUAGAACGUAGUGCUUUAUCGCUUCUCCUUUUAUUAAUCUAUGUUGUCUUUUUUAUACAGUAUGAUCUCACUUUGAGCAUCAUGUUUUCUUUUGUAUUUACAAAAAUGACCUACAUUUUUAUAGCUAUACAAGUAUAUACACACAUCUAUUUUAACAGGGUUGUGCUGGGAUAUCUGUUUCAUUAAUUUUUUUCUAUUUAUUAUUUUUUUUAAAGAACCAUUUAAAUUUUAUAUGCUGGUGUCUUGUAUGUUGGGCAUAAAAGGCACUGAGAUAUUGAAGGUGACGUACCAAUACACUGGCUCCUCAGCUUACAUAUACAGUGGGGACUUUUUCUUUCUUUCUUUUUUUGAAAAUAUACAUUUGGUUUUUACCACUGAAACCCAGUCAUUCAGGUGUUAAUACAGAGUUCCGUCACUUCAUUCAUGGGAUGGACUCUAUAAAAAUCCCUUUCAUUCACCUUGGAGAAGAAUGUGAGCCGAGUGAAGUUUCAACUGGAGUUUUAAUGAGUAAAAAAUACUUUGUGAGACUUCUUACUGUAAUACAGUUAGUCCUCGAACUAUGACAUGCAACUUAUUACGGCCUUCCCCUCAGCUUUACUAUUUUGGAGUCUCAAUGAUUAGUCAUAUUGUCUAACGUUGAUUAGCUGACCGCUCCAUCUGCUGUACGAUAACAUGGACUGUUUUAUUUACACAACGUUACCUUAGUGAAUCCAUUCAAGUUACCAUUUUUUAUACAGUGGCUGGCAAGAGAAAACAUGAGUUCUGGUGGUGCUAAGGACAUGGAUUUAGAAUUGAACGUGAAAAUAAUAUUGAAACAUGAGAACAUUACUGUACUUCAUUGCUGUUCUAUACUGAAUAUUAACAUGAAUAAUGUGUGAAAUUGAUUGAGGAAACAUAAAGCUCUAUUUGAAAGCAUAGCAUUGAUGCAUAUUAAUUGUUUAUA